UUAAGGAUGUAGAAUGCCUUGAGCGUAGAGUGCGAUGAAGGGUUCAUUUUUUGGUAAAGAUCUUCCUCCAAAUUAAGUGUAUUGAAUAACAAACAAAUUCCUAUUAUAGCAAAAAACAAAUCACUGGACACCAAAUGUACCUCUCUCCCCCCAUUAUAAAACCAUGAAACCUUCCUCUACCAUAUCCUCGUGGUUGCACACAACAAUCAAUAAAAACCCAACUCCGAGAAGAACAAGAAAAAUAAGUGACAACAAAAAAAAAACACAUCAUGACAAAACUCUUCUCGGUUUUGGUUAUCUGUGUGAUUGUAUUGGCACACCAAACAGUCGCACAAGAAACCAAAGGUAAAGAUUUAAUCACAAGGGUAUGCCAGCUAGCACAGAAAAACAGUGACCUCUGUGUUGAAGUUCUGUCAUCCGACCCAAAAUCCGCAAACGCAGACGACAUUAAUGAUUUGGCAAUUAUAGCACUAAGAGUUGCUGCUAGAAAUGCUUCUGCAAUGUUAAACGACGUGAAAUCAAUGAUUGAUGAUGCUAAUUUAGACCCUGAAGUUCAACAAGGUUUGGCUGAUUGCAAAGAAAAUAUAUUGGAUGCUGAGUCUCAACUUGAAGACACUAUUGCUGCUUUGUUGGUUGAAUCUGAUGUUGAUAGUCAGAAAUGGUUGAAGGCUGCUUUGGCUGCUAUUACUACCUGCGAUAAUUCUAUUCCUGGAAAUGAUGAUGUUUUGUCUGUCAAGAGUAGAAUCUUCCGCAGACUCACCAACAUUGUUGUUCUUAUUACCAGGGCCUUGCCUAAACGUACUCCUUCUGCCCAACCAGUCAAAGUGUAAUUUAAAUCAUCUUUGCUCUGUGCUAUAUUAUUGAUCAAGCUCAUAUCCUUGUUAAAUUUUAUGUGAAUCUUAUAUAUAUGAUUCUAUAUUAUUAUUAAA